GGAACUUUUCAUUUUCUACCAGCACCGGGAGUUGUGUGUUGGUAGUCAUGUCCAUUGUGUGGAUGGUUCUUUGUGUUGUUUGUAUGACACAAGUUGUAGGUUCCACUCCGACAAGCAAGCGAAGGAGACGAGGCGCUGAUGAAUGGGUUGCGGCUGUCCGGGAUAAUAUCUGUCCGUGGGCCUUGUGCAAAUUCGUUUGCAAUGGAGGGACAACCUGCGACUUAGUCCCACCAGACUUCGAAGGUAGUGGACCGCUUUCCCGAUCCCGUAUGUGCUAUGCAUACAUACAGCCAGGUGAGAGAGCUGCACGUGAGAAUUCCUGCAUAGAAGGACCAAGGGAGGACUUGUGUGCCUGUAUUACUGAUACCUCCCCGCGCAGAUUACAAAUAGGUUAUGGACGAAAUGAACGAGACCGAGGAAAGCCAGGCGACGAUGAUAUCGACAAUCUAUGUAGAUCUAUUGGGUCAAGCUAUGCAUGUCCCGCGUCAACACAGACAGACUCGACAGCACCUACGACCACGACGUCUACAACGACGACCGAGUCUCCAGCAACAAGUAGAUCACCCGCCAAUGUCCCAGACAGCACAACAGACAUAGCCACAGCAGCAGUGAACACACGCCCAGGGUCAAUGUCAUCCGAUGAGGGCGCUCCGCUCUACAUUCAAUAUUGGCUCCCUGCAAUACUUGGAAUGAUCUUAGUUAUCCUGCUGGUGGCGCUGUUCAGGCGAAGGCAGCGUUCCAAAAAAGCCCCUUCCCAAGUGAACCCGAUGGCCCGCACAGGAGGGCUUAAAGUAAACAGUCACAUCUCCCUUCAUCGGAAGUCCUCCGAGAUGAUGAGCAUCACUGGUAGUGAUGUUGUGACUUUUGGCGCCAGACCGAGAACUUCGCCCGUCAUGUCCGCUGAUGGUGCGAGUCCAGACAAAAGCGAUAGCGGUUAUGAGUGCCCUGAUCCUGUAGCAGCGGCGCCACAUCUGUGCAAUGUGGACUCGGAAACCACGACCAGUAACAGUCAGCAACCGUCUUCUGAAUACCUGGAUCUUAAUAACGAUACUUCAGACCAGUCCAAAACUGACAUACGUGACUACACCACUGUUUCCAAUGUCCCUGUUGACCUGGAUUUGACUCCCAAGUCUCACAGCACAAAAAGUAUGGUAAAAAAGAUUAAUCAUGGCGCUCCACUGGAUCACCCAGCACCAUCCGAUGACGAUCCGAAUAUUGCUGGUUAUGAUGAUGUUGUAGUUGAAAAGAAUUUCAAAAAGCUGGCUGUUGAUGCAGGGCAAGAUCGGUCCUAUGUGAACAAAAAAAACUUUGCGAAGCAUCGAAUUCUGGUAAACACUAUACCAGUUCCGAAACGGAACGAUGGUAAAGCCGGGGCAAAAGGCUCAAUGCCAGAAAAAGGUCAGGAAUCUCAGGAUUGGGUCAAGCCUGCAGUCUCUACGAAAGAUGCCUACGACUAUGCAGAGAUUUCAUCGUAUCCCAGUCCAGAAUCGGCACAAGCCAACAAGGGCCAGGAAUCUCAAGGCCCGGUCAAAGUUGACCGAGAUCCUCCAAUCCCUACCGAGUACGUCUACGACUAUGCAGAGAUUCCAUCUGAUCCUCAUCGCUGUAUAACAUCAGCAUCACAGCGAGACGAGAAACCUUUGGGUCAGGUCAAUCUUGACAGGGAUCCCCUGGGCUCCACUGACAAUGACUGCGACUAUGAGGUUCCCUCGGCUUCUCAUCGGACUCCCUGUACUUCUUCGCUAGCGUGUGCUGAGAGCAUCGCACAGGGAAAAGUCCAGUUGAAUGACGGGUGUUAUCAGGCUUUAGACCCGCUUGGACUUGAAAAAGCAAAUACGUACACACCACUGAUUCUGGACAGUAACCCAUGAUAAAGCUGUUAUCGAGUGUGCGGAAAAAACUGACACUCGGGAAAUGGAAGAUCUUUCUUUGUUUUGAAUGCAUUUGCCAAGUAAGAAUGAUGAUACAAAUUAAGUUUUUCAGUUUUUCCACAAAAUUGUUAAAGUUUGUCAGUAAAUAAGACAUUGACUUUUUCAGAAAUAUUUACAGUGUUUUGAAAUUCAUUAUUUGUACAAUAACAGGCUGUCAUUUUACAAUAAAUAAAAAAAAAUCCGAGACCUGUGAUCAACAUUUCGUUCGUUUCAAACUUAGCAGUCACUCUAAACCAGUCCCCGUAACAAGACUGAUUAAGCUCGAGGCGAGAUAUGAUUAUCAUUUAAUGCGAGAUUAUUUUUAAAAGUGCGUGUAAUUUGUUGAUAUGCCCGUUUACAAACUUUUUUUUGUGGACAUAAUUAUUUUCAUAUGUUUCAAAGCAGGUCCCAUUAUCAUGCGUUCUAGAUCACCCUGUGUGUUAUUUGUUUAUGAUGUUCAGCCGAAAUGUAAAAUAUCUUACUACUUCGCAAACGCUUCAGUACUCAUUUACUCCCACAGAAAUGCUUUGCUUUGUGAAAAUAAAGCUCCACAAUACACAUAAUACUAGGCAUUAUUAUGUAUUGACCUCCCAAAUGCCUAUGCGUGUUUGCUUACGGGAGAUGACUCCAUAAUAGUUGGCAUUAUGGAAUUUUAAUAAUUCAUCCGAAGAUUU